CCGGGAGCUCACCGGGAGCGCGCUGAGCCGCGGUGCCGCCCGCAGGUCCCGGAUCCCGCCCCCGCGCCCGCCGGAGGAAAUGCACGGGCGGCUCAAGCUCCGCCCCCCGGACGCGGCGCGGCGCCGGCAGCGGGAGGAGAAACUGAGGCACUACCGGGAGGCCAUGGACGCCUUACUGGGGGGGGCGCCGCCCGCCCAGGUUCUCUCCCUGAGCGCCGCAGUCCUGGCGGCCAAUCCCGACGUGGGCACCUGCUGGAACCUGCGGAGACGCGCACUGGGAGCACUGGGAGGGGACUGGGUGCCCUCGGAGCUGGCGUUCGUGGGGCAGUGCCUGGGGGUGAACCCCAAAUCCUACGGGGCGUGGCACCACCGGAGCUGGGUGCUGGCGCGCGCCGCGGCGCCCCCUGCUGGCCGGGAGGACCUGGCGCUGUGCGAGCGCCUCCUGGCGGCCGACUCGCGCAACUUCCACGCCUGGGAUCACCGGCGGGCCGUGGCUCGUGACCCCGAGGCCGAGCUCGCCUUCACCGGGAGCCUCCUGAGCCGCGACUUCUCCAACUUCUCUGCCUGGCACCAGCGGCUGCGGCUGCUGGCGCCCGCCAGGGAGCGCGGCGGCGCCGGGGCCGGGGCGCUGCCGCCCGCAAAGCUCAGGGAAGAGCUGGAGCUGGUGCAGAACGCCGUCUUCACCGACCCCACGGACCAAAGCGCCUGGGUGUACCUGCGCUGCAUCCUCUCCCGAGCCCCCCCGCCGCCGAGGGUCAUCUGUGUCCACAUCGACCGAGAGGACGCGACGGUGGCCGUCAUCUUCUCCCGGCCUGUCAGGGUGAACCCGGAGUGCCCGGAGCUGACGGCGACUCUGGACGGCUCUGCCCUGACCGAGCCCUGGCGCUCGGGGGAGGGGCGGCCACGCCCCAGCCACACCUGGCUCUGUGCCCUCCCUGCCCUACCCAGCGAUCACCCCGCCCACCUGGAGGUCACCUGGGCUCCUGACUCCACCCCCCGUGACGUCAGGCUGCUGCCAGGUGAGGCUCAGGCUUGCUGGCAGGAGCCAAUUGUAGAGCGGGAGCUUUUCUGGCCGGAGCUGGGCGUGGCCGAGGCUCAGGUGCUGCAGGAUCAGGUGCAGAUGUGCCGGGAGCUGCUGGAGCUGGAGCCUCAGAGCCGCGGCUGCCUGCUGACCCUGGCCCUGCUCUUGGCUGCGCUGGAUCCUCGCGGCCACGCCCGGGAGAUCCGGGAGCACCUGCGGAGCCUGCAGGAGGCCGACCCCCUGCGCUCGGGUUUCGUGGCCGACGUCCGGUCCCGCUUCGAGGUGGCGCUGGCCAUACUGGGAGCGGGGGAGGGGCUGAGCCUGCCCGCCAAGGAGCUGACGGCGGUGCCCCUGCUGGAGCGGAUGGCGGCGCUGGCCCGGCUGGAUCUGGCUGGGAAUGAACUGCGGGAGCUGCCGGCGGCGCUGGGAGCCCUGAGGAGCCUCACGGAACUGGACCUCUCCGAUAACCGCGUCUCCAAACUGGGAUCGGCCCCGCCCCUCCCCCGCCUGCGGCUGCUGCGGCUGGACCGGAACCCCAUUGGCCACGCCUCUGCUCUCACCCCAUUGGCUGCCUGGCCCCGGCUCGCCCUGCUGGGAUUGGCUGAGACCCCACUUGGCUCCGCCCCCGACGGCCCCGCCCUCCUGGCCGAGCUCCUCCCUGCCGUUGACGUCACCUUCAGCUGAUUGGCUGCCGCCGCUCCUGGCCACGCCCCCUUCCCAGUUGACCACGCCCCCUUUCCCGCGGGUUGGCGGUGGCGCUUCCGGGUUGGGGGCGUGGUUUGGGGUUGGCCACGCCCCUUUCUGGUUCGGCCAGGGCACUUCCGGGUUCGGCUCCGCCCCUUUCCGGCGUUCAAUAAAGCGGU